GUCAACUGUCGUUGCCCAGGCAUUGGAUACAAUUACGGUGAAAGACAACAGCUAACGUUAGCUACUUUUAGGUGUACUGUUUUUGUUUAACUAUACGUCCAUUGGAAAAAUUUGAGUGAUGUAUUAAUUAAUCGUAUUGCUGGACAACUUCACAGUUGUGAUUCAGAAGUUUUCAAACGUUUGCUAGAGCUAAUAUUAGGUAGCCACGGAAAUCGCUAAUUGUAAACAAAAAGGCAAGCCCUUUUCUUAACGACACAGUGGGUAUUUCGUGCUCUUAACGACAUUCUGCAGGGUCUGGCAGUUGAAGAUGGACUUGCUGGAUUUUUCUGAGGAGGAGAUUCAGGGGCAACUCUCAGCGCUAGGUUACGCCAAUAUACCUAAACAUCGAUUACGAGAAUUCAAAAGAGACCUAGAUGUGCUUAUUAGACUCGAGAAAUCGAAGAGUCAAUCCUCAAGUGAAUGGAAUUCCCCGAAGUCUCAGGAGGGUGCCAUCAAAAGUCCACCUGCAUUCAUGAAGGAAAAAAUACAACUAAAUGUUGCUGCUCCAAACCUCAGUUAUGUUUUCUCUCAAGCUGGCCCAGAAAGACCCCAGAGACAGAUCCUAACAUCUACAUUUAGUGAAGGACCCCAUGGCGCUGGUGUACGAAGAGAAUACUUUGAUUCCUACACUCAGCACACUGUGAUGCCCAAGUUUCCCCGACCAGCCACGGCUCCCAGUAGGCAGAAGUACCCAGAGGUGGAAGUAGAGCAAAUCUCCAACACUUAUUCAGACACCAGCCCUGACACUAGGACCAAUGGGAAACCAUCCAUCAAAAGAAAGGUCCUCAGAAAAACUAGGGGCCAGCCACGUGUCUGUGAUGAAUCAACUCAUAGUGAAGAUUCAGGGGGCGUAAGUGGCCUGGAGGAAUGUCUCGACAGAUUACAGAUGUCUGGAACACACAGACACCCGGACUCGGAGUUAGAAAGUGAAGAGCUGGACAGUCAGAGUUCUGUAGAACUACCCAGUGCCUUUCAGGCCUAUCUCAAAGGCAUGGUGAGAUCACGAAGUGAGAAUGACAUUCGACCCCGUCCAAAAUCAUUUAUCAGACCCUUGAUGGAUCACCCUCACACCAGGAACCUGAAGAAAACUGAUCCUGUAGCAAAGUAUUUCCAGUACAAGCAAGAGUGGGACGCCUUUAAAGCACCUGGCGAAAAGGACCGCAGAGCACUACAGUGGGCCAUCAGGGAACAACUUAUGUACCAGCCUCCUCCUCCUCGGCCUCAGAAAGUACUCGUCCCCAACACAUAUGUAGUUCCAACGGACAAGAAGAGAUCUGCCCUCCGCUGGGAGAUUCGCCACGAUUUAGCCAAUGGCAUCAUCCCAACCAAAAUGGCCUUCCCAUGACUAAGAGCCACCUUUAUGACUUGCCUUCAUUUUUUUAACCCUUUGACAUUGUCAAUGCAUCUUUUGUUAUUUAUUUGUGACUGAGUGUUCUGAAAUAAGCCCCUUGAAUCACGGAUUUUUAUUAAAUAAACAUUUUUAAUUAAA